AGUGCAGUUAGGUUUAUCCAGAGCUGUUAGGAUUAACGAUGCCUGAGCCGUCUAAGUCUGCUCCGGCCCCGAAGAAGGGGUCUAAAAAAGCCAUCACUAAAGCGCAGAAAAAAGAUGGCAAGAAGCGCAAGCGUACUCGUAAAGAGAGCUACUCUAUUUACGUGUACAAAGUUCUAAAGCAGGUACAUCCUGAUACUGGUAUUUCAUCCAAGGCCAUGGGCAUCAUGAACUCGUUCGUCAACGAUAUUUUCGAGCGCAUCGCUGGUGAGGCGUCGCGCCUGGCGCAUUACAACAAGCGCUCGACCAUCACAUCCCGGGAGAUCCAGACAGCCGUGCGCCUACUGCUGCCCGGGGAACUGGCCAAGCACGCUGUGUCUGAGGGCACCAAGGCCGUCACCAAGUACACCAGCUCCAAGUAA